GUUAGACAAGGAAUAAUAUGAUAAAACAAAGGGGCGGAAUAAGGGGGUAUAAAGCAGGAAAGCAAGACGAGGGAGAGACUGAGGGAAAGCAAGUAGGCCCGCCGCGGCAGAAAGUUUCACAGUCCUUCCCUUCCGCUCUCCCUCCUACAAAUAUCCCCCCUUACCCUUCUUCUUCUCCACACAGGCCGUUCACUUCACACCCAAGAAUCCACUCCCCUUCCCCCUCUCUCUGUGUCCUCUUCCUCUUCUUCCCCUUCGGCCUCUUUCUCUUCGAAGGAUAAAGGAAGAGACCUAGAAGAAGAAGAAGAAGAAUCAGUUUCUGUCAAUCUUCUUUGGUUUUAGAUUUUCCAAGUGAGAGAUCUACGGACUUAUAAGGCGGAUUUUUUUUAUCAAAAAGAUGUCGGUGGCAGUUUGCCGUGCAGCUCUUCUUGAGCCAGUUCUGCCUGUGGCAAACUCUUGGUUGUCAGAAAUGGUGAAACUGGCGCAGCCUCCGAAAUCGGAAAUUCAGACAAAAGAAAGGGAGGAGGAGAAGACGAGGUUCGAUAUCUGGAACUCAAUCCAGACUAACAGGGAGAACAUGAAUUUGGCGACGCCACCGACAUACAUCCAUCCACUCGUGCGUCGUUAUUCAAUUCUAAUGAGCCAAAAGAGCCUGGAGACCUGCACUGAGAACCUCGGCUCCGAAACUGGCUCUGAUGAAUUCUCUUCCGGCGAUGAAUUAGACUCCUUCUCCUGCGAAACAGAGAAUGAGGAGGAAGAAGUAGAGGAGGAAGGGGAGUUCGAUUGUAGGGAGACUGAAAACAGAGACGUUUUUAAUGUGAACUAUCACUGUUCCAUUGGGCGCCGAUCGCCUCUGCGAUCAUUCCCUCCCCCCCUCCCCUCAAUCUCCCGUCGCGAUGGCCCCUGCUUGAAGAUGCAGCCUCACCGCCGGGACGGCCGACUCAUCGUCCAAGCCGUCCCCGUCCCAUCUGUUAACUACCUCCACGCCGAGCGCCGUGGUGGUCGCCUUCUCCUCUCUUUUGUAGACACCUCCCCAAGCACAAACUCUCCUGUUUUUACCUCCAUUGAAAACACCCAACAGAACAAGGAGGAAGAUGAAGAAACAAUGAAGGAAACAGAAGAAGAGGAAGAAGAAACAAUGGAUGAAGAGGAGGAGGAAGUGGAAGUUGUAGACAGGGGAACUACAGUUGAAGUCAAAGUCAGCACGCAGACCGCCGUCAAAGUUCACCGGUCAUCUCUCGUCAUCAACAAGUUCGUAGUUGGCUCGCGAGAAGCCGAGUACAGUUCUCCGGCACCGGAGAAAGCGGAAUUCUCCGGCAAGAAAACGUGCUUCGCGGCCACAACGGCGGCGGCAGCGGCUGUUGCGGCGUCCUCAAUGAGCACUUUGACUUCCACCACAGAGGGGUUCCAAUUCAACUACUUACAUGACCGCCACAUCAGCAGGUGGGGCCUGCAGUCGCCGGCGACGUCCGCAACGACGGAAACCAAGCUGCUAUUUACUUCGAAGAGGAGGAGCAGGGAAGAAUUGCUCCAUGACAUGCGGCGGUGUAGCGAGCUCCGUCGUCCGCUGUUCAUAUUCGAGCAGCCUUACUGCAUUGCGACGUCAUGAGUUUUAUGCUUCUAUUUCUCUCUGUUAUGUUUGUUUCUGUGUGACUCCCAUCCAACCGUUCAUCCUAGCUAUCCAUUUAGCAGAUGGGCCCCACCAAUGUUAAUGAUUGUGUUAUCAUAUUCUGUUUUUUCAGUACCUGAAAUCAAUGUGUGGUGUUAGCCUGUGUUAAUUUAUGAGUAAUAUAUUUAUUUUUGUUGGGA